AUGUUCUGUUCCCAAGAUCCGAUCCAUUUCCAGUACCCGGUUAAUGAAACCGGGUUCACUGCUAGUGAAAUUCAAGAACUGUUGUCCCUAUUUGAGUCGCCCACCCACAGCCCGAAUUCCGGUUUGGGGUCGAACUCAAACUCAAACUCAAACUCCAACUCAAACCGUGUUGGUUACUCUGUGGAUGAGAAAAAGCGAAGGCGAAUGAUAUCAAACCGGGAGUCAGCUCGACGUUCCCGCUGGAGAAAGAAGCAGCAUUUAGAGAACCUUGAGGUUCAAGUGAACCGGUUAGAAAUACAGAACUGGGAGCUGAAGAAGCGGUUGGGUUCGAUUUUAGAGCAGUGUCACGUAUUAUGGAGAGAGAAUGAACAGUUGACAACUGAAUAUUUAGUUCUCCAAGCCAGACUUUCUGAUCUACGCCAUGCUUUAGUUGCCAUGCAACUCCCACAAUAA